AUGCUUCCUUUCUUCUCGUCGAGGAAAGCCACUGGAAACCGACACCGAUCAAAGGACCGAGGUAGGAAGUUCGGUUAUGGGCUGAGAAAUUCCAAAGCCACUCCGGAAACUACGAAUCACAUACCCGGCUCAUCAUCCUGGGAAUCCCUUCCUGUUGAAAUCCAACUUGUCAUAUUUGCACAAUGCAGUAUUCACGACCUUCUGCCUCUGAAGCUUGUCUGUCGGGAUUUUCAUAGAACUCUGACGACCCACGAGUUGUCUAUUGCUCGCCAAUAUCUACGCCUACGCCGCCAUGGUACCCUUCCGUCAACACUCAUCAGUGAGCGCACAUACACAAGGAAUCCUGAAGAUGAUGUCGUUCUUCUUUCGGAUCUAUUCCCGCCUGCAAAGAGUGCCAAAGGAGGCUACCUGUACACUUUUAGGUACUUGCAUAGUUUGCGCCGAAGACAACAUGCCUGCGCCCGAUUAUCCCAUUACCUAGCAAAUCGUGUUAUGGAUCGGUUUGUGACGGUUGAACAACCUUUAAUCAAGGCGAAUUUUCCCUCCAAGGCAGAGCGCAACCUUUUGUUUGAGCGUGGUAUUGCUAACGUGGAAUUCAACCUGGUCCCACUAACGUAUUGCGUACUUUUUUUCCUGGAGUCAUAUGCAUCAGCGCGAAAAGAGCAUAUGAACUUUUUACUACGCGAAUACGAAGCCGGCAGACUACCGGUGCCCAUUCCCUUGGAUGUACGGACUGUUAUGUAUGCAGAAUUGCAGGCCAAAAUCCUUCACUCUCCUCCCUUCACAGAUACGUCGACUCUUAUUGCCACUCAUCAUUGUAUGCAACUGUUGGUAUCCUAUCUCCGCUAUACAUUGGUGCCUGGCGAGUUUGGGCCCCCGGAUGACCGUUGGAUUGGUGGGCUCUUGACCAUAUCUGGAUUUGGCCGGAUUGUUGAGUUUUUCUCUGCUGAAAUAGGCGAUGGUCGCAAUUCCCGUGCCCAACGUAGAGAUUUCAUGGUCAAUUUCGAGCGUGAUGUAGACCAGCAUGCGCGGGAGGAAAUGAAUCCCCUCAUCUACUCUACCCCAUCCGAUGGCCGUCCGCAUUAUUCUUCACCAAACGAGGUCUGGUUUGACAUUGCAGAGAAAGAGCUACGCUCUAGGGAAGCAGUCCCUCAUGAUCCAGAGUGUUUUUCGGCCUGGAAUGGCAUUCCAGUGCUUAUUGGGUGUAAUCAUUGCCGUGCUACCAGAGGGUGGCAGGCUUGA